AUAUAAGUGGGUGGUGGGGAGGAAGGCGGGGCUUGGAGUCCGUGGCUGCUGAGCGGGCGGGCGCUGGCCGCGGGGUCGGAUCCCGGGGGAGCGAGCUAGCGGAGGCGCGGUGGAUCCAAUUCACUUGCUAGGAAGAUCUAUGGGAAAAAGCCGUGUAAAUGCGUUUUAAGCAGGGGCCUCGGCUCCGCAACUGCCACUCCUCGGGGUGUUGCACAAGUUUCGAGGUCACCGGCGACCCCCCCUAGCAGCGCGCCUGGCUCUGGCCCCCGCGAAGGAGGACGGGGCUUGUGUGUUGCAUACUUUCUAAGGCGGCGGCGACAGCGGCAGUGCGGCAGCGGCGGCUCCAUCCAGCCCAUCUGCCUCUCCUCCUCGGCAUGGCUGGCUACCUGAGUGAAACGGACUUUGUGAUGGUGGAGGAAGGUUUCAGCACCCGAGACCUGCUGGAGGAACUCACUCUGGGGGCCUCACAGGCCACCACGGGGGAGGUCACUGCCUUCUUCGUGGCCGACCUGGGUGCGGUAGUGAGGAAGCACUUCCACUUUCUGAAGUGCCUGCCUAGAGUCCGGCCCUUUUACACUGUCAAGUGCAACAGCAGCCCGGGCGUGCUGAAGGUCCUGGCUGAGCUGGGGCUGGGCUUCAGCUGUGCCAACAAGACAGAGAUGGAGCUGGUCCAGCGUAUUGGCGUCCCUGCCAGUAAGAUCAUCUACGCGCAUCCCUGUAAGCAAAUUGCGCAGAUCAAGUAUGCUGCCAAGCACGGGGUCCAGCUGCUGAGCUUUGACAAUGAGAUGGAGUUGGCAAAGGUGGUGAAGAGCCACCCCAGUGCCAAGAUGGUUCUGUGCAUCGCCACCGAUGACUCCCACUCCCUGAGCCACCUCAGCCUCAAGUUUGGAGCGUUGCUGAAAUCCUGCAGACACCUGCUUCAAAACGCUAAGGAGAGCCAUGUGGAGGUGGUGGGUGUGAGCUUUCACCUCUGCAGUGGCUGUCCCGACCCUCAGGCCUAUGCUCAGUCCAUCGCAGACGCCCGAGUUGUGUUUGAAAUGGGUGCCCAGCUGGGCCACAGGAUGCAUAUCCUGGACCUUGGUGGCGGCUUUCCUGGAGUGGAGGGGGCCAAAGUGAGAUUUGAAGAGAUCGCUUCUGUGAUCAACUCAGCCUUGGACCUGUACUUCCCGGAGGGCUGCGGUGUGGACAUCCUGGCCCAGCUGGGUCGCUACUAUGUGAGCUCGGCUUUCACCUUGGCAGUCAGCAUCAUUGCCAAGAAGGAGGUUCUUCUGGAGCAGCCUGGCAGGGAGGAUGAGACCGGUUCUGUCCCCAAGACCAUCGUGUACCACCUGGAUGAGGGCAUCUACGGGCUCUUCAACUCGGUGCUGUUCGAGAACACCUGCCCCACCCCCACACUGCCAAAGAAACCAUCCACAGAGCAGCCGCUGCACAGCAGCAGCCUGUGGGGCCCAGCGCUUGAUGGCUGUGACUGCGUAGCUGAGGGCCUGUGGCUGCCGCAACUACAUGUAGGGGACUGGCUGGUCUUUGAGAACAUGGGCGCCUACACCGUGGGCAUGAGUUCCCUCUUUGGAGGGGCCCGGACCUGCCACAUCACCUAUGCCAUGUCCCGGGUGGCCUGGGAAGCACUGCGAGAGCAGCUGCUGCCUGCAGAACAGGACGGGGACGCUGAGGGCGUGUGCAAGCCUCUGUCCUGCGGCUGGGAGAUCACAGACACCUUGUGCGUGGCCCCUGUCUUCACCCCGGCGAGCAUCAUGUGAGCGGGCCCCAUUCCCCUGGGAGAUCUCCAGCAGGGCCACAAGGAUGCCUCUGGGAGAGUUGGGGAGGGUGGCAAGCAGGGCACCCUCUGGUCAGGACUCUGGUGCUCGCUCUGCUGCCCCCCACACUCCACCUGCAGUGUUUCUGCCCUGUACAUAGGACCAGUCUUACACUCGCUGUAGUUCAAGUAUGCAACAUAAAUCCUGUUCCUUCCAGCUGUGUCUGCCUCCUCUGCAGCGCAAAGGGGCCUGGUCAGCCAGGUGAGGGGUGUUCUUGGGGUCUCCCUUGGUCUCCUUCCCACCUUUGUAAAUAUGAAACAAAUAAAUAUUUAGGUUUUUUAAUA